AAAAAAUUGUCUUUGGCAAACGAUAGUGCAUUUUUAUACUAAAUUCUAAACCUUUGCGGGAUUUUUUGUCAUAAGUGGAACGAAGCUAGCAGAAUGAGUUCGCCAUACACGUUGGUGACUUUGUUACUGAUAGCAGCUUCUUCCAGCAGUGGGUUUUCGAUUACAGGCCAUCGAUACGAAAGGUCUUUAGAGGAGGAUGAAGACUGGAUACGAGGCAAGCAGGAGGCUGCCAAUUUAUCUUCCACCAUUAAUGAAAUACUAGCCGCGUAUGACCCUAAACUCCGCCCUAAUGCCGGAGGUGAACCUGUUGAAGUCACCGUGGAGAUCAAAGUUGUUUCCUUUGGAGAGCUAAAUGAGGCAAACAUGGAUUAUUCGAUGGACAUUUUCUUCCGCCAGUGGUGGUACGAUCCAAGGUUCAAGCACAAUUCCAGCACACCAUUUAACAUGGCAGGAGAUCCUUCGAAGCUUUUCUGGACUCCUGACACAUAUUUCUUUAAUGUAAAGAGAAUCAAGUACCAUUACGUCACACGUGAGAACAUGCGAAUCAUGAUUCACUCUACUGGGAAAAUAUACUUCAGUGCUAGAAUAACCUUGACAGCGCAAUGUGACAUGGACUUCCAGCUUUACCCAAUGGACACCCAACACUGUCCUCUGAUCAUUGAGAGCUAUGCGCAUACUACUGAUGACGUGGAUUAUAAAUGGAGAAAAACUGAAGCAAACCGAGGAAAAGGGAUCGAGAUUGUUUCCCAAGAAAUGGCUCAGUUUGAGUUAGCUGGCAUAGACACCAAGCUAAAAGAUACAAAAAACAGCAAAGGUUCGUUCGCCAGUCUGAGUGUUGUCUUCUCGUUCAAACGCCGUCUGGAAUAUUUUAUUUCCACAGUGUUCUCUCCCGGGGUUACUCUUGUCAUGCUCUCAUGGUGUUGCUUUUGGAUUUCCCGUGAUGCUGUUCCCGCACGCGCAUCACUGGGUAUCACAACAAUUCUUACAGCCAUCGUGCUUUGCGGCUCAGUGAACGAGACUAUGCCACCAGUCAGUUACAGUAAGGCUCAAGACUAUUUUCUACUGGUCAGCUUUGGGUUCAUUUUCCUUUCAUUUCUGGAGUUUGUGGUUGUAUUGAACACGGAUCCUGAUCCCAAGUGGCUGCGAUGUUUCUUGACGUGCUUGAGAUUACGAUCCAAAAAGAAAGAGAGGCAGCCACUGAAACUUAUGGAUGCUGUACACGAAAAAGAGAAUAGCUCCAGUACUGAACCAGACACGGAACUCAUCGAUGCUGAGAUCAGUCACUCCCCUGAGACUGGCAUACCCGCAGCAACUAGCCACGUGGGAGUGUGCGGCCACACCCUAAUCCGGCGAGUAGUAGUCUCUAAUGGAGAUCAAGGAGCAACUGUGAUGUUAUUCGAUAAUACGGGUGCAAUGCGUCAGGGCGAGAUUCAAGUCAAACCUAUUAACAAAGAACCGCCUAAGAAGAGGAAAAGAAUCAGUACCCACUGGGUCGACAUAAUUUCCCGGAUCAUCUUCCCUGCCACUUAUAUUACUUUUCUUGUUUUGUUCUGGCGUAAAUUUGUAGAUCAAGUAUCCGUCUAAAAUCAAUUACUUAAGAUUCGUUUUUUUUUUUAACCAGAAUUUUUAAAUGCAAAUCCUUUUAACAAGGAUUUUUAUAUGAAAAGUUUGGAGGCACCUGUUAUCGAUAAGCGCCGCUAAGUAAGUUUUCUGAACGUAUAAACAAAACACAAAAUUGAAAGUAAUCUCUCAUGAUCAGUAAACGCUAGGAAUUAUUGGGUAAUUUGGUAGCUAAGCUCCUGAUACAUGUAGCCUGCAGAGCAGGCGUUCCAGUGGAGUUUGGGCGAAAGUUAGACCGCUCGAAAAAUAGAGCGAGGCGAAAAAUUAGGAAGUAGGGGGAGGGGAGAGAAAGGAACGCAUGCCAGCAGUACCUGAAAAUUUGAAAAACCCGUUCGCUCACGAACGGGCAAUUCUGAUUGGUCCAGAAGAAUAUUUUAUUGGCAGCAGGAUGUGACGUCACUUUACGUUUGUCAUUGCCACGGAUCACAUCCAAUAUGGCGUUCAACGAAGAAGAAAUAGAUCUUGCGUUGAACGAUUCUUUAGCUACUUUUGAUGCCUUAGAAAACUUUGUUUUAAAAAAUGAACAGCAAGAUGCCAUACGUCAACUUGCGAGAAAUAAAGAUGUGUUGGCGGUAUUAACGACAGGCUUCGGUAAAAGCAUGAUUUUUAGAUUUGGUGUGCGAGUCAAGCAGCUUCUCACGAAGGAAUUCACGUGGAAUUCUAACUAUUACCUGGCCAUUCACCAUUCUUGUCACGCUUUUAACUUGUAAUCCAUCCUCUGGAAGAUCAUCUACGUUUAAAAAAGUGUCUUAAUCGUCAUCUUUCCUCGCUUUGUUUGUCUUCGAUGAAGCUGUGUCGAGAUUCUCGCUCAUAUUCAGGGAUUUUCUGGAUUUCGGUGUUGGUAGUCUGGGCGAGUGUAUACAAGCGGCUUUCUUCUUACUCCAUGCCGGACUAGAUUUGUUUGGCUUGUCUAAUUGGCCCUUUUUGCACUUUUGGGCUUUUCUAGAGUUUUGCAUUGGCCAUUUGCUUUCUUAAGGAUGAAUGCAUGUAGCUGUCCCAAGUUUCUGACUUUCCUAGCACACGGAUUGCAACAGCGCUCGGAGAGCUGUUCGUUGUUUUGAAUGAGUUUGAUGCCAAUUCGAGCACACACGUCUGAUAAAAUUACUCCAUAAGCAUCACUUCUCUUCGAUGCUCUGAAUAAAUUUAAUGAUGAUAUGCAUGAGCCGUAUUUAACUUUAAAACUACAGCCACAAAACCGACAAUUUUCGUUCGGCGACAUGUCAACAGAAAUUUUAUCAAAUAUUUGACAAAUUUUGACAGGCGCGAAGUUUUCUCGUGUGUGUGUUUGCAACGGAAGUGAAACUCCACUUCCGUUCCGCUACCUGAUUGGCCAAAUGUUUGCGCCAUGAUCGUUACUCCAGCAUAUCUAAUUAGGGGGUGUUUUUCAAAUAUUCAAGUUCUGCUGGCGGGCGUUCAUUUCUCUCCUCUCCCCAUUCCCCUGCCUCCUAAUUUUUCGCCUCGCUCUAUUUUUCGUACGGUGUAACUUUCGCCCAAACUCCCCUAGAACAUCUGCUCAGCAGGCUACGAUACAUGUUACAAUAGCACUGGGAAUAAUGUCAGUAGUGAUUAUUUCUUACUGUGAGGUGGAACAGGGAUGGAUGAUAAAAGAAAGGAAAAUCGUC